UAUGGAGGCUCUUAUAUUCAGGAUUACGUUACUGUAUACACUACUCCACAACAUCAGCCAGUAUACAUCAGGGUUCACUCAAUACUUUAUGUAAUACGAUAUUACCUUAGGUAGGUAAAGAUCUGAAGCUGAACGAAAAUCCAGUGAAUACAUUAUCAUCACUGGUUCGUCAAUUGCUAUUUUUACCGCUCGGGCCCUACCGCCUUGCAAAGGUACAAGAUCGACAUGUCGAUGAAUUCCUAUUCUAUGCUCGUUCGAGGCCGUGUUUCGUUGAUCAUGAACAGCGCCUCCAAUUUAGGAGGGCUGGGAGUGAUGCUAACAGUAGUACCGACAUGACAACCAGAAGCCAUCUCACGAGAGCUAUCAUUAGUAUGCGGCUCAGCUGGAUUAGUGUAUACAGCUAUACGAAGACAGUUACCAUUACGUCAAUGAUGCUGGAGCAAGAGGUAUACUCGACUAGGUUCACAAUCCUCGGACGGCAUGCUCUAUGCUUGGUAGAAACGUUCUCCUCAUGGAAAAUCACCACGAGCCUAGUCUAGAUGAGGUGGAAUAGGACUACCUGUCUCCAUUCGAAAUGGUGAUAUAAAGGUCGUGUCUCUCCGGCUUCGAAGGUUCAAUUUCCUCAUCACCAUCACCAUCCACAUCAUCAUCACCACUGCAAUUAUCAAAGCAUCUUAUCCUACCUACCUCACAAACCAAAUCAACAAACCAUUCCAAAAUGCAGUUCACCAUCGGCUCUCUCUUCCUCGGCAUCGCCGCCUUCAGCGGCCUCGCCAGCGCUCAACAAGCCGUCGCCUUCGGCCAGCAGCUCCAGAACGACGACCAGACCAACCACUGGGUCGCGUGGGUUGAGGGCCAACACGCCUGCCCCGGCAUGCAAGUCCUCGACGUCCUCACGUCUUCCCCUUGCUCGCAGCCCUUCAGCCUCGGCGAGGUCCAGUACACCUUCUCCGGCUGCUCGGGCGCGAGCGGCGCCCCGACCGUCAUCCUCGACUCCAGCGGCGCCCAGAUCGGCGGCUGUUCCGCCAACGCCAACAACAAGAUCCACUGCCACGGCGACCUCCACGACAUCAUCAAGCACGGUGUCUGCACCAUCGUCAACGGCGCAUAAACGAGCGCAUUCAUCUCCCCUGUGUUUAGGAUAAGAUGUCAACGAGAGCAAUUCAACAACGACGGCGUUGGGUUUUUGUCAAAGCGGAAGGAAUUGAUAUCCUCUUUUUUGGUGUCUCCUCGAAAGAGUCUUCCUUCGCACACUCUUCCAAGUUUCAUGUAUUCAUAGCGGAAUAAGCAUAUAAGAGCGCUCCUGAUGUUUGAAGAUUAUUUAAUUUACGAUGGAUUUUGUUCCUCCAAA